AUGCGCCCCGAACACCGCAGAGGGGCAGGGUUCCGGGCGGCAGCGGCCCUGCUGAAGGUGCUAUGUCUUCGACUGGGACGCGCCCCGGGCCUUCGGUUACACGCUCCGCAAGCGAAGUCCCUUCGCACGGGAUUCCCGCCACUGCACGCCCCCCACUUCCCGCCCGGGCUGCAGCUGCCGUCUUGGGACCCACCGCUGCCCUCGGCUCCCAGUCCGAGCGAGGCCUGGGCACUAUUUAAAGGAAAGUUCCGAGAAGGCAUUGAUAAGCCUGACCCCCCAACCUGGAAGACACGCUUACGAUGUGCUCUGAACAAGAGCAACGACUUCGAGGAGCUGGUGGAGAGGAGCCAGCUGGACAUCUCAGACCCUUACAAGGUCUAUAGGAUUGUUCCCGAGGGAGCCAAGAAAGGAGUGAAGCAGCUCACUCUGGAGGAUCCACAGAUGUCCAUGAGCCACUCCUACUCCAUGGCAACUCCCUACACCUCCCUCCCUGCUCAGCAGGUUCAUAACUAUGUGAUGCCAACCCUCGAUCGCAGCUGGCGGGAUUAUGUCCCUGAUCAGCCGCACCCAGAAAUGCCAUAUCAAUGUCCUAUGACGUUUGGACCCCGAAGCCACCACUGGCAAGGCCCGGCUUGUGAAAAUGGUUGCCAGGUGACAGGAACCUUUUAUGCUUGUGCCCCACCUGAGUCCCAGGCUCCUGGAAUCCCCACAGAGCCAAGCAUAAGGUCUGCUGAAGCUUUGGCGCUCUCAGACUGCCGGAUGCACAUCUGUCUGUACUACCGGGAAAUCCUGGUGAAGGAGCUGACCACGUCUAGCCCUGAGGGCUGUCGGAUCUCCCAUGGACACACGUAUGAUGCCAGCAGCCUGGACCAGGUGCUGUUCCCCUACCCAGAGGACAACAGCCAGCGGAAGAAUAUCGAGAAGUUGCUGAGCCACAUGGAGAGGGGUGUGGUCCUCUGGAUGGCCCCUGAUGGGCUGUACGCUAAGAGACUGUGCCAGAGCAGGGUCUACUGGGAUGGGCCUCUGGCCCUGUGCAGCGACCGACCCAACAAACUGGAGAGAGACCAAACCUGCAAGCUCUUCGACACGCAGCAGUUUUUGUCAGAGCUGCAGGCAUUUGCCCACCACAGCCGCCCUCUACCAAGAUUCCAGGUGACCUUGUGCUUCGGGGAAGAGUUUCCAGACCCCCAGAGACAAAGGAAGCUCAUCACAGCUCACGUGGAACCUCUGCUAGCCAGACAACUAUAUUAUUUUGCUCAACAAAACAGCGGACAUUUCCUGAGGAGCUAUGAUUUACCCGAGCACAUUAGCAGUCCAGAGGAUUAUCACAGGUCUAUCCGUCAUUCCUCCAUUCAAGAAUGA